AACCCCUUAACAUAUUAAAACCGGAACCUCUAAUUAUAGUAAAAGCCAGAUCUUACUCUCAGAAAAACAAAGCACAAGGAGGAAGAAGAAGAAGAAGAAGAAGAAGAAGAAGAAGAAGUCUCCGAACCACCAAGUCCAAAACAGAUCUCACUCUGUAUAUACUGCAUUUUCUCACAGAAUUUCAGGCAUUUUCAAAUUGGCUAUAGCUGCAUUCUCACUCUGUAUCCACCAGCUUCAGUCCUCUAUCUCCUUCACAAUGUGAUGCCAUGGAAGACAUGUGAAGGGUAGGGUUAAUUCUUUGAGGCAAGUCAUCCCUACAUAGGAAGUGAACCUUCAUUGCUUGUAGUUUGGUGCAACCAUGGCAUGCAGUGCACUGGUUAUUCCAACCUCUCCGGCUUCCUCCAGGAGAACAGAAAUCUUCAAAGAGCACAGUGGUCUCCGGCGGUCACACUCUAGCCAAGACCUUUACAAUCGUGCUACUAUCCGGAGGUCUUAUUCGGAUAACCAUCUUUGUCACUGCAUUAAUCGUAUCCAUGCUGCUUCAACACAACCAAAACUAAAAAACAGCCGUUCGAUGGGGAUUUUCCCAUUUCAAUUUUCGAGCUCCAUUCUCCCAAACUCGGUUCGAUCAUUCUUGUUUGAUCCAGACACGAGUAAGCAUAUGAGCGUAGUGGAGAAGGACAUGAAUAUGGUGGAGAACUCUGAGGAGAGUGCUGGUGAAGAGGAGAGAAAAAGAGCCAAUUGGGUGGAGAGGCUUGUGGAAAUCAGAAGUAAAUGGAGGAAUAGGCAGAAAAAAGACGUUGCGGAUGAAGACACAAACGACAACUUUUGUGUCAAUGGUGAAAAUGGUGAUUGUGAAUGUGGUGGAGAGGAAGGUGGUUGUGCAGUGGAUUAUACUUCAGAAGAAGAUGAUGGAGAAAUUAGUCCUGAAUUUUUCUCAAAAUUUUUGGUUAGAGUACCAUGGUCUGAUACCAAGCUUUUUUCUCAGCUAGCCUUCUUGUGCAACCUGGCAUAUGUGAUCCCACAGAUCAAGGCCAAUGAUUUGAAGAGGUAUUAUGCGCUACAGUUUGUAACAUCUUCAUUAGAAAAGAAAGCCGAGGCAGAUGAAAUCAAAGCAAAACUUGAUGAGGACUCUACUCGUGCACCUGUAGCUGCCGAAUCUAGUGAAUCCAAUUCAGAGAAAGCGGCAGAAUCCGAGCAGAAGUGUUCAAUCCGUCCAUCUGUUGCUUACAAUAUUGCUGCCUCAGCUGCGUCUUAUGUGCGCUCAAGGGAUAAGGAUAGCCUUCCCCUUGGGUCUAAAUCACAGCAGGAGGGUGAUGGCGAGAAUUCAGGCAGAAAUUGUGAGAAUUCACGGGAGGAAGGAGGGAGCUCACCUCGAAGCUAUAAACCAGAGGUGGCUGUUUCCAUGGCAGCAUCGACAAUGACAGUAAUGGUUGCAGCAGGGGAAAGGGAGAAACAAGAAACAGCAAAGGACCUUCAGUCACUCCACUCCUCACCUUGUGAAUGGUUUGUUUGUGAUGACUCCAGUACAUAUACUCGUUGCUUUGUGAUUCAGGGUUCCGACUCCCUCUCUUCCUGGCAAGCAAACCUCUUCUUUGAACCCACCAAAUUUGAGGGGACAGAUGUACUUGUUCACAGAGGAAUCUAUGAAGCAGCAAAGGGAAUGUACGAGCAAUUUAUGCCGGAAAUAAUCGACCACUUGAAUAAACACGGUGAGCGAGCAAAACUUCAAUUUACAGGUCAUUCUCUUGGAGGAAGCCUUUCUCUUUUAGUCCACUUGAUGCUACUGAGUAGGAAGCUUGUAAAACCCUCCACUCUUCGGCCAGUUGUCACAUUUGGCUCACCAUUUGUGUUCUGCGGAGGCCAGAAAAUACUUGACCAACUGGGCGUGGAUGAGAAUCAAAUCCAUUCCGUGAUGAUGCAUAGAGAUAUUGUCCCUAGAGCCUUCUCCUGCAACUACCCUAACCAUGUGGCCACACUUCUCAAGCGUUUAAAUGGCUCAUUUCGGUCACACCCUUGUCUGAUAAAAAAUAAAAUAUUAUACUCUCCCAUGGGUAAACUAUUCAUUCUCCAACCUGACGAAAAUUCAUCUCCUCCACACCCUCUACUUCCUCUGGGGAGUGCCCUCUAUGCUUUGGACAAGACCCAAUGUGGAUUCUCUUCAAGUCUACUUAGGGCUUUCUUGAACUCCCCACAUCCACUAGAAACUCUAAGUGAUCCUACAGCUUAUGGUUCAGAAGGUACAAUCCUACGAGACCAUGACUCGAGCAACUAUCUAAAGGCUGUGAAUGGAGUCCUAAGGCAACACAUGAGGAUGGUUGUUCGGAAAGUGAGAAAACAGAGGAAUAUCUUGUGGCCACUACUUACUUCACCAUCUCCACACUCAUGGAACCAUGAAAAUAAUCUAGAGAGCAGCGGGUUGGCAACCAAGGAGAUACUCACAGGAGUUUAGUUCCAUUCUACUUAGAUUUUUCUACAUGCAUAUAGGAGAUGUUCAUAUGAAAAUAAGUAGAGGAUUUAAUCUGUCGUCUCUGUUUUGUCGUGUACAUCUCUUACCUCCUAACCAUCUCUG